UGCGAAACUGUUUUGUUUAAAAAUGGCGGUUUACGAAGUGUUUGCACAUCCUGAACUUCGUCGAUACAAAACUCAUAUAUGCACCAAAGCUACGCUGUUGACGUUUGUUGUUUUAUUUCUUGUGUUCAUACCACCGCUUUUUGUUGUUUACAGGAGUUAUGGAUUUUGGAAGAAGGAGGAAUAUUACAGGGAGGUCCCUACUGUUAAUUUUAAGAAACAACUGCUUGUGAUUUUGGAACUGGAACAAGAGGGUAGCUUUAUCACAUACAGUACAUACCAAAGAUACAACCAACUGCAGCAACAGAAUUUAAGAGUGCCUCUCAUCCAGUCAAGAGAGCCAGAUGAGAACGGUGAUGGGAAAGCAGAUGGACUGGAAUUCAAGUUGGAAAUGCUACUUCAAGACUCAGAGAAAGUGAUUGGUGUAAAACUUCUCCUCUUCUUUGAGUAUGCUUUGCAUAGAUUUUCCUCAUUUACUAUGGAGUCCUUAGCCUAUAUUAACCAUGACUCACCCAAAGCAGGAGCCCGGCUUGAUGUUUAUGGGGAACUCAAUAUAAGGCAGAAACAGCCACUAGGACACAGGGGAUCAGACACAAGAUUUAGUGGUUCGAUAAUAGAUACAACUAGUGUUUAUGCUGAAACAUAUGAUUUGACAGAUAUCUUUAAAAAGUAUACAGAGAGAAAUGUGACGACACAACUAAAUGCCCCAUACUCAGUAUGGAAGAGUGGCCGAGGAGCAGGGCAGCCAUUUGUUAUCAACAGCAACAUAACUUAUACAGAACAAAUGAUAUUAUAUUAUCCAGGAUUCUGGUACAUGAUCAAGUGGGGCUGGGUACAGUAUGUAUCUGUACUCCUUAUUUUCCUGUAUGUAUUUGACAGAAUCAAGAUCUUCAUUUUCCAGAAUCAGUUAGUUACUACAAUGGUCGAGAAACCAUGGAAACGGGAAAAGAUGUCAUGAUAUAUCCAGGACUAGUUAUACAAGAUUGUAGGGAUUAAAAUAGAACAUGUAGGUGAAUCUGUGGCAGCUUGUUAACAGCUGGGUAUGGGGACUUCCAGGUGUGAAGCGACAUUUUUAUGAUGUAUGUAUAAUUGUGUAUUGAAUGUAUACAAUGUGACACAAGUGAAUAUGAAAAAGCUGGAAAAAAUGUUAUAUUCCUUGUGAUGUAAUGGUGUAAUGAAGCUAGGUUAUGUGUAAAAGAGUGAAUGCUUUAGAUAUGUAAGGAAAUUAAACCUGAUAGAAGAUAGCAGCACAAGAAGAUUAUCUUGUUCUUAUAGAUAGUUGUCAUGUCAAAAUUUUUUAGCAUUUGUUCUUUUUUGAUCAGUAUGUAUGUACAUUUACAUCAUGUUCCCACUGCAUUAUAAAAUGACAUACAAUGAAGCGCAUUGAAGUGGUAAAAUUUUCCGUUUGGAUGGAACGUUUUGAGCUAUCUUUAAGACAUGCCCAUUUCUUUAGAAAGGAAAAAUCGGUCAAAUGAUUCAAUCGAAUACCUGUAGAACAGGUAUUCCAUAAAUAUAAUAGCCAAUCAAAUUGACUGUCUACAUAAACACCGAGUAAGCACGUGUUCGACUGAUACUUGUGUUAUGCUAACUCCAAUAAACAUGAUAAAAUCAUAAUUAUGUACAAAUUCGUUUCAAUGCGUGUUUUACAGAAGCGGGGACUCUAUAUAUAGCUCUUUCUUAUUUAAAAAUCUUCAUUUUAGUGUAAAUCAUGUUGCUUGUCGCGGAAAGUGUACUAAAACAUUACGACGAAUAUUUCUUUCUCGUUUCUAAAGAAAUGGGCGUGUCGUUAUGUUAUAAUUGACGUUCAAAACAUGACUCAGAACGUUUCAUCCAAAUGGAAAAUUUUACCACUUCAAUGGGCUUCAUUGUAAAUAAUGAAUGUGUGAUGUUUAUGGAAUUUUCUGACAGAAUGUGAUCAUAUUUUUUUAUCUAAAUACUUUUUAUACAUGAAAAUACUUUUCCACAUAUUCCAGGGAGUCAUAAUUCUAUGGAUUCACAAUUUCUGUUCAUUCUAAAGGUAACCUCAAAUGUUUUCAAUGUACUUUAAUUAAGCUGGGACAAAUUCCCAUGAAGAAUUUGUGACACACAAGUGUAUGCAGUGUAAAUGGAAAAUACUGUAUACAGGGUUAUUUUCGCCCCAUGUUAUUUUCGCCCUUUUGCACUUGCGAAUAAUUUUGCCCCAUUUUAAAUUCGCCCAGUUAUAGAUUUGUUAAUGAAAUUAUGCUGUGAAAUUUGAAUUCGCACCAUUUUAAAUUCGCCCAAUCAGGAAGAGGGCGAAAGGGGCGAAAAUAAAACGGGGAUGAAAAUUUCCCUGUAUACAGUAUUACAUAUACUUUUACAAUAUGAAAGUAAAAUGAAUAAAUAAAUAUUUAUUUCUUUAAUCAUUUUGAAUGUCGAGUAUCAAAUAAAGUAUUAAUAAAUUUUA